UUCUUUCCUGGAAAGAUGCAAAAUGAUAUUAUAGGCUCCUGGUACAACAGUGGAUUCUAUGGGCACUACAGAGGUCAGUUCAGGAGUGAUGGUGCUCGAGAAUAUCGCCAUGCAGCCAAGCCGCAGCCUCCAGAAGUGUUUCUGCAACGAUGUCAGGUGCCAGUAAAGCAACACUACUUCUCCAAGCAUGACAACCGCACUUCCUAUGACAAAGGGCCCUACUGGCUGCUGCAGGGGAUCGGGAGGCGGAAAGACCUACAGCAUCUGUGGCAGCAGCACACCUUCCUGCGCUGGGCACCGUGUGAGCUGGAGUUAAGUCAACAAGCGCCCCACAUGACCUCCUACCGGACCAGUUUCCAGAAAGAACCAGGAUUCAAUGACCUCCCCCAGCGCCUUGUUCACUUUGUACAGCUCCAGCCACCCACUGUCAACACCACAUACCAGCAGAACUUCUGCCAACCCUUACGAGACGGUCACUGUGGAAUCGACACAGUACAGCCCAAGACCCUAGUCUCCCCAGUACCACUGCCUGACCUCCCGGAGCUCCUGAGGCCUAGGCCGCUGCAGCACUAUCUUCAUAACGGGGUCUCUGAGUGCCUCAACUGGUCCAUUAAAGAAUGA